AUGUUCCGUCGGCCAGAGGACGCGGAGCAGCGACGAACGCGACGGAGCGACGACCGGCCGCUGCGCCAUCUGCUCGUGACGGGCGGCCUCGGCUUCAUCGGCAGCAACUUCAUCAACCACUUUAUGCGCGCCCACCCUGACGUGCACGUGUACAACCUCGACAAGGUGGACUACUGCAGCAGCUUCAAGUCGAUUGAGGUGUCGGGCAGUCGGUGCUACCACUUCAUUAAAGGCAACAUCACCAAUGCGGAUCUCGUAAUGCAUCUGCUGCACCAUUUCGACGUCGACACCAUCAUCAACUUCGCCGCGCAGAGUCACGUUGACAACAGCUUCGGCAACAGCCUCUCCUUCACGCACAACAACGUUUUCGGCACGCACGUCCUCCUCGAGUGCGCGCGGACGUACGGGAAGAUUGAGAAGUUCAUUCACGUGAGCACAGACGAGGUGUACGGGCAGGUGACGGACUCCAAGAAGGAGGAAGGCACGCUGAACCCAACAAAUCCGUACGCCGCCACAAAGGCAGCAGUGGAGUAUAUUGUCAAGUCGUACCACAUCUCCUUUGGUCUGCCCUGCAUCAUCACACGCGGUAAUAACGUGUAUGGGCCGUUUCAGUACCCGGAGAAACUUAUCCCGCGCUUUAUCAUGCUGAGGGAUGCGGGGAAGAAGCUGACGAUACAGGGCAACGGCAGCAAUAAGCGCACGUUUAUCCACACAAGCGAUGUGGCGCGGGCAUUUAUCACAAUCAUCAACUCGGGCUGUAUUGGCGAGGUGUACAACAUUGGCUCACGCGAAGAGAAGAGUGUUAUGGAUAUUGCACGAAUGACCAUCAAAUACGUUCAGCCACAACAGCAGAAGGACCAACAAGAAUGGGAGGGGCGCAGCCUCACCGAUGAAGAGUUGGCGCCGUACCUCAUCUUUGUGAAGGAUCGUGACUUUAACGAUGAGCGUUACGACAUCAACACCGACAAGUUGCAGGAACUGGGAUGGAAGCAGGAGGUGUCGUUUGAGGAGGGCUACCGUCAGACGGUGGCGUGGUACCAACAGGCCCUGAAGCAGAAUUACUGGGAAGACCUGCGCUGGGGCAUUCCCGAUGCACAAACGAAAGUCACCGCAGAGGAGGAGUACACAUUGGCGCUCUGA